CAUCUGUAUAAAUAGCCCAGUGUGCAAAAGCUGCCGUGAACGACUGACUUCCUUUUUCACCAGAGACCUUGGGCAGGGCGGCGGUUUUGCCCAUAAUAAAGUCAUCAGUAUGUUUGUGGCUGUAACCGGGCCAGUCAUUUCUCGGCUUCACACCCACGCACCUUGGUGCGGCGGAUCUGCAGUAUCCCUGGUCGCUCGCUGCGUGGACUGGCUCAGAGAUGCAGGGGGGAGUGGAGAUCAAGGCAAGGAGCAGGGGCCCGCGCGCCCCGGGCCCGGCACCUGCCUGCCUGGGGUCAGCGCCACGCGCCUGAGCUGCCGCCGCCGCGACACAGGCUGCCCAGGUUUUUUUCCAAGGGCAUCUGGAAGAGACUCUGGGAGGGUCCCGACGAACCACGUGGUGAUCCCUGGAGGCCGAGCUGAGGCGCGUGGGCGGAAACGACCCCUGGUCUCUGCUUUCUGCUUGAAACGCUCGCUCGCUCUGCACAUACCACAAGUUUUUUCAGAGCGACGUGAUACGUAUUUAAGGAGUCAGCCAAACCUCAAAUUACACUGUCUGAGAACCGAGUCACUGCAAAGAAAGCAGUUCGGUUAUUGGCAUGAAACGACAGGACGCUGGCGCGUGGAGAAACCACUAGUAAAAGUGGAAGGAAACGGCUUCGGAAGAUACGGUUACCUGUGUAAAGGAAGCUCAAGUUCCUACCAUCCAUUUCUGAUCAAGCCUGAAAGUGUGGUGCUGCUAGAAGGAGCGGCUGCGGUGUGGACGGAGGACACUAGUGUUCAAGAAGCUGGAAAGCCAGCCACCUGCAUUCUUCCAGCCAACAUUCAUUCCAGUUUCCUGUGACUUUUCCAGAAUCCUGACUCCUCCAGUGAGAAGCCCCCUGGAGCAGCGCUUCCCAAAGUAUAAUCAGCAGUGUGACAAAGGCUGCUCUUGAUCUGUCAAAACUUCGGUUUUCUUACCCAUAAAUCAUGGACUAUGGGAACCAAUAAAGCUAUGUGAGGAUUAAAUGAAA